GAGGACACAGAACCAGUCAGCAGUCAGUACUCACGAGGUGGUCGGUAGAGGAACCGGCAUGCUGCCGACUCUAGUUAUGCUGGUCGCCUGUGUGGCUGCUGCUGCUGAUACUACUGCUGCUGCUGCUGCCGCUUGGCCUGGACAUACUGACAUUCCCUGGUGGAAUAUACGGCUCGCUCAGGAGCAAGGGCCAAAUGUUUGCGUUGUGGAAGAAAUACCUGGUACAAAACACCGGAUAUGGACUGAGUGCAAAUAUUGGAACAGUAGAGAAGUCUGCAGUAGCAAACCGAUAAUAAGGUAUGAGUGUUGUGAAGGCUUUCAACGCAUGCCAGGCACCAGAGGAUGUACAGGAGUAAAACCACUUGUGAGCGUCCUGGAUACAGCCAGAAGUCUAGGGGCUGGAAUAUUUGUAAAGUAUCUGGAAAAAUCUGGUUUAGCUCGAGAACUAAUGACGGAUGGACCCUUUACUUUGUUUGUCCCAUCUGAUGAUGUGUUCAAGGACCUCCCAAGAGAACAAAGAUCCAGACUAGACAGUGGUAAUGCUGACCUGCUCAAACCCAUACUCAAAUAUCACAUAGCAGAUGGGAGAUUGACCUCAUCUCAGUUCAGAGCAGAUCUCCUGGUGCCCACCCAGUACAGUGGACGCAACCUCCGUAUCAACAAGUACUCUAGCCGGAUAGAGACUGUGAACUGUGUCUUAUUACAUCGGAAAGAUCAAGAAGCAAACAAUGGAGUAGUCCACAUCAUUGGUGGACUCCUGGACCCUUCCUUUGCUAUGCAGAGAGAUCUGGCCGAGCUUAUUGUUCAAGAUGGAAGAUUCCAACAACUGUCCCAAGCUAUGGACAAAGAAGGACUUAUGGCAAAACUCAGGGCUACCAAUGAGCCUCUGACUGUACUAGCACCCUCAGAUGAUGCUUUUACAAAAAUCCGCCCUUCUCGUUUGUCAAGGAUACUGAACGACAAGCAAGCACUAAAAGAGCUGCUGGAGAAUCAUGUGCUACCUCAUGUGAUGUGUAUUCCUGCUAUAAUUGGAGAGCACAAAGUGCGGAGUUACGGAACCAACAGGGUUGCAUUUGAUUGUGACAGAAAAAGUGUUAAAAUAGAAAACAAUCGCAUCCAUGCAGACUUUACAAUGGGAUCAAAUGGUGUUAUUUAUCUUAUCAAUGAUGUACUGGUGCCAAAUAGAGCAAAAAGCCUAAUACAACUUUUGGAGGAAGAGAAAAUGUCAUCAUUUCUACAACUAGUCCAAUAUGCAGGAUUGGAAGAUGCUUUUGAAAAUUUUGGAGACUACACAGUGUUUGUUCCAUCUGAAGCAGCCAUGUUUUCUCUUCCAACAGAAGUAUUGAAGUCACUUAGAAGCAACAGAGAGAAGGCUAGGAAAUUUGUUUUGUUUCAUGCAACUCAAGGUCGUCUUAAAAUUGACAAAAUGAACAACAAUCAGGUAAUAAUGUCUCUAAAUGAAGAAAACCCACUUCGUAUACAACUGUACAGAACUGGUGUAAUUACAAAUGUAGGACCUAGAAUAAUGGCAGCAGUUGAAGGAGCAUCCCUUCGUAAAGUGGACCUCGAGGGUAUCAAUGGAGUUAUUCACAUUAUCAACAAGGCUUUGUUUCCUGUCAAUAAUACAGCAGGGGAACUACUCCAGCUCAAUGGCACUUACAAAAUAUUUCUGAGAGCUAUGGAGAAAGUAACUUCUGAAAAUCCUCAACUUAUAGACUUUACAAGACCAAAAACGUUUUUUGUACCAACUGAUGAAGCAUUUAAAAAUAUUGGUGAGGCUCAAAGGCAAAGAUUAUUGUCAGACCCCACAUAUAUGGCUAAGACAGUGAGGAAUCAUAUUUGUGAAUCUAUGAUGAUAACAGAAUCCAUACAGACAGAGCUACAAUACGAGAUUCCAUCUCUCCUUAACUCCUUGACUGUGCUCCGAGAAGAUGAGAAUUUAAAGGUCAAUGGCGCGACAUCUGUGGAGAGUGAUAUUUUAACAUCAAAUGGAGUUGUUCACAUUAUUGACAAAGUUUUACUUCCUGACUAUAACAUAAACGUUUGAAAUUUUUUUGAUAAAAGUUACUAAAAUUAAAUACAUUAUGGAUUCAUUAUCCAGUUAAUAUAACAAUCAUAACGUUUUAUUCUUUAAACAUGCUUUCGUCACAUAUUCUUAAAAUGUGUAAUAAUAAAUGUGCUUUAAAAACAUACAUAUUCAACAGUAAAUCAAUAUAAUAGUAAAUCAUAGUGUUAUUUUCAGUCACAACAACAUAAUAAUAAAUUAUAUAGAAAUGUAAUAAAAUUUUAAACAACAAUAAAUGAAUUCUUUUUUAUAACUGUA